AUGAUGGUGGUGGCGUCCAGUCGAGCGGCGGACACGGCGUUGAGAAAGCAACACCUGAAGAUGGUUUCCCCAACGACUUUAAGAAGAUCCGGUGCCGUUUGGGCCUGCUUUCUGGUGUUUCUAGGAAGCUGCGAUGCAUUUUCCCCAUUGCUCCCAUCAUCGUCUCCCACGAGAACCUUCCCACAACAAUCCAUUAGUGAAACACAGACCCAUCUAUUCAUGUCAUCAUCAUCACCCACCACUUCCAGAAGAAACUGGGGCAAGAAUGCCUUGGCCUGGUUGACAUCAGGGGCUGUGUUGCUACCCAGUGCGGCUGCCGUGGCCGAGGAUGCCGUGGCCGCACCACCCUUGGAUAUGAAACUCUUUGUCGACCCCAAGGGAUUGUUUGCUGUGAAUGUUCCUUCCAAAUUCUUCAAAUUGCGGAGAACAGAAUCCGGCGAUCUACCCGAUGAGAAAACAGGCAAGGGUCGUCGUGGAUCCAGUAUAUUUACGGCUGGAGAUUUGGGAAAGGCAGAGAUCAUUGCUGUAGAACGCUUUCCCACCAAAGUUCUACUGGAAGAAAACGGAAUUGAACCUACAGGAGACUUGUCAACCUUUCCGGCUAUUGGAGAAUCACUGGCCGUGGCAAACCUUAUCAAUCUACGCCGAGAGAAGGAAAAAACGGGCAAUACCAUGAUUGACCCCGAAUCCGUGUCCCUUUCCGAGGACAAAAUGGAAAUUCGAUUCCGCAUGAGAACGGAAAUUGAUGUGCAAAAGCCAGAACUGCUCAUGGAAACCUACGGGGUACGACAACUCUUUCGUCUCACCACCGCCAAAGCUACCUUGAACUCCAAUGAUGGGAACAUCAUGGCUGUCUUUGCCAGUGCACUGGAGCAAGACUUUAAUGGGAGAGAUAGAGACGCACUGGAAGAGGCCGUAGAUAGCUUCACAGCAACGGACCAAUCUACCAAGAAGUAA